UAAGGACACGCAGAAAGGAGCAGACAGCCCUAAAGAACAUCUGAAGCCGAGAUGAAGAACGCGGGGAUGCUGGUGGUCUGGGUGUGCCUGGCCUUCGCACUGGGCAGAACCGAGGGACAGAACACAACCACUGAAUCAAGCUCCACAGGGGUCAGCGGCAGCACGGAGUCGCCCGGUACCACCGGUACCAGCGGGCCCACGGCGCAGCCCGGCAGCUCCACCCGUGGGAGCGACGCCGGCUCCUCCCAGAACACGGCUGCCGGCACCGCGUCCAGCGGAGGCGCUCCGUCCUCCGCGUCCGCGGCCCCCGGCACCACCAGCAACGCUGGCACGACCACGACCACGUCCGGAGCAGCGCGCGCGGCCCCGUUGGGGCUCCGCGGCCACAUCCUGCUGCCCGUCACCCUCCUGCUCUACGCGGCGCAUUGACAGCACGCCCCCCGUUACAGCUGCUGUUCUCUGCCGCCCACGCUAUGAAGUGCUGCGUCAGCACUGAGCGCUCGGCCGCUUUGGGCCUAGACGGCUUCACGGGACGUACGAGAACCCCAAACGUCCUAGUGCAAACAUCAAAAUGCUCAGCAGGAGAGGAUUAAAGGUGAAGGAGCCUCAGUUCUGCUAAAACCCUGCUUCUGGCAGACUCAUGGUUGUUGCCUAUUUGCAUUUAGGCAGAUAUUCAAUUUUAUUCAAACAGCACAUUCAAAUGCCGGCUGUAUGUUCGGAGCCACCUUUAAUGGCUCGUUUGCUUUAUGUCCUUGUUUAUGUGAAUAUUGCAAAGUGAUGUAUGUCACAGCACGAAGUACAUAGAGCGCCUGAGCAGCGUGUUGUAUGUGCACAUAUGUGACGCUGAUUAACAAUGGUUGAAGGAUGAUGACUAUUUGUUGCUGUUUUAAUAAUAAUAAUGAAAUAAUAAUUAAUAAAACACAUCAUUUACACAUGA